AUGUCGCUCGCGACGAUCGCGGUGGACCCCGCGCGCGGUGGACCGCGAAUGGUGGGCGCGACGCCCGGGCGGGAGCGACGGCGCGGGGCGACGGCGCGGACGAUCGCGCGCGGGUCCGUGGCUCGGUGGACGCGGAUGGUGUUCGUGCGCGCGGGCGGUGGUGACGGUGGAGACGGUGGACGCGCGUGGUGCGCGCGCGAUGGGACGAUGGGAAGGGGGGGUGGAGGGCGGCGGCGCGCGCGCGGGACGGCGGCGGCGAAGACGGAUGACGACGCGUCGCGGGAAGGGCGCGUGGAGGCGACGGAGGCGACGGCGUCGUUAGAUCUUCCGCUCGAGAGCGCGAAGAAGCGGGUGAUGGGACGGACGAGGUUGCUGCGGACGCCCAUGGCGGGGGGCGUGGUGAGCCGAGACACAAAGGACAGCAACCUGCCCUCGAUGGCGACGGCGGCGAGAAACCUGAUGGAACUCGCGGAUUACGGUGAUUUGAGCACGACGAUGAGUCAGAUGCAUCACAGACGCGCGGGGUAUCCGUUCGGGAGCACGGUGGACUUCGCCACGGACGCCACGGGGCAUCCAAUCUUUUGCUUGGCGCCGCUGGCGAUUCACACGCGGAACAUUCAGGGAGACGGGCGGUGCUCGCUCACGGUGAAGAUGAGCGGUUGGGGCGGGUUGGCGAACGCGCGAGUGACGAUUUUUGGAGAUGUUCAGCGUCUACCGGGCGGGGAGUAUCAGACGGCGGCGAACGAGAUCUUCAAGGCAAAGUAUCACGGGCGCAAGGAGGCGAUCGACAUGGAGGACCGCUGGGGCGACUACACGUAUUACCGCAUGAACCGCAUAGUCGACGUGUACUUCGUCGGCGGCUUCGGAACGCUCAACUGGAUCAAGCUGGAUGAGUACAUGGGGACGUCCCCGGACACGAUCGUCACCUCGCAAUCGGGCCGGAGCGUCGUGGAGACGCUGAACGAGCUCAACGCGCGCUUCUCCGCUCGACUCGCUCGGGAGAUGAGCAAGGUCCUGGAGCUCGACGUGGACGAUCUCUGGAUCAUAUCCAUCGAUCGUCGUGGCAUAGACGUUCGCGUGCGUUACGACGGGAGCUCACUCAUUCGAAGAAUCUCAUUCGACGUGGACGUCGAGUGCCUCGAAGACGCCGCGCGCUGCGUGGAGUGCGCGAUCGACAAGGAUGACAUUUGCUCCCCGGAAUUUUAA